CUCUCACACACACACAGUCUCUCUCUCUCUCUCUUUCUCUCUCUCUCUCUCUCUCUCUCACACACACACACACACACACUCACACGCGCUCUUUAACUAGGGGGACGGGCGAUGAGUGACAGGCCGCGCAGUAGCAGCAGAGGCGAUGUAGUCUAUCCUACUGUACACUAAUGCGAUUUAGCCACUCUGCCCUGGCUAAAAACCGAGACGGGCUUUCUCACAGCUUUACACACACUUUGAUGCGCCGUUUGGCUGAUGACAUUUCCACCCCUGAAACAAGAGGACACAUUGUGGAAGCAGCAGCAGCCGCAUGAGCGAGUCUCUCUGCCGUCGCGUGCACGACGACCGACUUUUCCGAAGCGGGGAGCAGGAGAGAGAGAAAAACCCCACUUCGCCGUGUGCUCUAGUGUGAAUGAAUGAAGACCGUGUGGGAUUGAGCGAGCGCAAUGGAGAGCGAGGUUCCGAGCUGCGAGGACGUGCGGAAGAGCGGCUACCUCCGCAAGCAGAAGUCCAUGCACCGGCGCUACUUCGUAUUGCGCGCGGCCUCGGAGCGUGGUCCGGCCCGACUUGAGUACUACGAGAGCGAGAAGAAGUUCCGCGGCGGGAAAGCAGCGGCACCCAAACGGGCCCUCGCGCUCGAGACGUGUUUCAACAUCAACAAGCGCGCCGACGCCAAGCACAAGCACAUGAUCGUGCUGUACACACGCGCCGAGAGCUUCGCCGUGGCCGCAGACAGCGAGGCGGACCAGGACGAGUGGUACCGCGCUCUGCUCGAGCUUCACUGCAAGAGUAAAGCACUGUGCGAUGGAAAGUCUGGAGAUUAUGGUGUGCCAUCCCCUGGGCCUGCGUUUAAGGAGGUCUGGCAAGUUAAAGUUUGGCCGAAAGGUCUUGGGCAAGCUAAAAACCUAGUGGGUAUAUACAGACUCUGCCUAACAGAGAAGACAGUCAACUUUGUGAAGCUCAAUUCAGAUGCAGCAGCUGUAGUAUUACAGCUAAUGAAUGUCAGACGUUGUGGACACUCUGAAAAUUUCUUCUUUGUGGAGGUUGGCAGAUCAGCAGUGACUGGCCCUGGAGAGUUUUGGAUGCAGGUGGAGGAUUCAGUUGUAGCACAGAACAUGCAUGAGACUCUACUUGAAGCCAUGAAGGCCCUAAGUGAGGAGUUUCGGCAGCGCAGUAAGUCACAGUCUACUACAGCAGGGGGAGGGGGUGGUGCAACUGCAUCUAAUCCAAUCAGUGUUCCAUCUCGUCGCCACCACCCAAACCCUCCACCCAGUCAAGUGGGAUUCAUCAGAAGACCUCGCACAGAGCCACCAGGAGCUACUGGAGGAGGAGGAGGUGGCACAAGCAACAAUGCCUCACCUACACCUCGGCAUGGGUUGUCAAGAGCUUAUAGCUCCAGUGAUGGAGCAAAAGUAGAGGAAGGCAUGAAUGCAGGGACAAAGGGUGUUAAUUCCAGUUCAAGUCCCACCACAAAUGGGUCCUGUUCUAGCACGCCCAUUCUCAGGUCUACAUCUGUACGUGCUCCCACACCAGUCAAGGCACAGCAUGCUCUGAUGAGGUCCAUCUCGACUCCAGCCCCUUCACCUGCUCAGAACCUCUCCUCCUACACAGGCAAUGGGUCCGAAUUUGUGGGCACAGGUCCUGGAACCACUGCAGCUGGUGGGGAUGGAAAUGGAAGCACUUACAAACGAAUGCCUCUCCGCCAGCCCUCAGUUUCUGGUUCACUCAGUGACUAUGGUUCUUCAGAUGAAUAUGGUUCCAGCCCAGGUGAGCAUUCUUUGCUGACUGCAAGCAUUCAGGCAGGUUCUGUAGGUAGCUCCGGUGCAGAUGAAGCUGCCAACUAUAUCAUUAUGGCACAGAAAGGGGCAUCCAGUUCAUUGCCACAUGACAACUCUCUGCCUCAGACUAGAAGGGUGUUGCGACGUUCUUCGGGUCGUGAAUGUGACACUGAACGUAGGAUGAUCAGUAAAAGGGCAUCUCUGCCACCCAUGGCCCUUGAGAGACUAGGAACUUACCGCAAAGGAGGAGAUGUAGAGAUUGAGGAAGACAACUAUGCUGUAAUGUCUCGCAGUACCAGCCGUGAGUCCUUCAGCUCACGCCAGGAUUCAGAACCUGUGGGUGGGACCAGAUAUCUCGAUGUAGCUGCAGAGUCCAAAGCUGAAGCAGGAAGCUGUGGAUCAGAUGGAUUGACCAUUACUGGUAAUGGUAAUGUAGGAGGUGACAAUGGAUACAUGUCCAUGUUGCCAGGGGUAACAGCUCCACCAGUGUCCCUCUCUCACUCGCUAUCUGUAGCAGUGUCAGACUCUAAACCUGCAGAUGACUACAUGGCUAUGACUCCCAACAAUAGUAUCUCACUUCCUCAGCAGAUACACCUUCCUAAUUCUACCACAGAUGGCUAUAUGAUGAUGUCACCAAAUAGCAGCUGUUCGCCUGACCAGCGUUUGGUUUCAGGAGGCUGGCUUGGCAGGAACAGUGCAGACAGUCGACCUGGCAGUGAUUAUAUGAACAUGUCACCUAUCAGUGUUCGUGCCAACAGCACUCCAUCUCCUCAAGGGUCUCUUACAGCAUCUGAAAAACAUCCUCAUCAACCUCCUCCCAAAAUGGUAUAUUCUUACUAUUCCCUACCCCGUUCUUAUAAACACAGCAGCACUAAACACUUUGAGGAUGGUUUAGGGAGAGGAAAGUGCCUAGGUGAACGUGGAAAUGGUGGUGGUCUUAGCAGUUGUAGGGGCACGUCUCAUUAUCAAGAACCUGGAGUUGGACGCCAUUUGUCUUUUUCCUCCUCAUCAUACUCAUCCAGUUCAGCUAGCAGUGAAAGUCUAGGUGAGGGUGAAGAAAAGCUCAGCCAGGUGAGAACGACAGCUACAGGAACUAAAGUAAAGGAUAGUGGGGCUCUGCCACAAGGACUGGGGUUUGGGGCAGCUAAACAAGCAAAGGGUCAGCGUAAUCGCCCUCUUAGUUUGUUUGUUGAUGUCUCAAAAGCCAAUACCUUACCUAGGGUCCGUGAAACACCAGUCCCACCAGAACCAAAAAGUCCUGGUGAAUAUGUCAGUAUAGAGUUCAAGAGUGACAGGAGCAAAAAAAAUGUUGUUAGAGGCCCUAGGCAGGGAGGUUCCAUUCCUGCAAGCUCACAACACCCCUUGCCUAGGCCAACUUCUUGUGUUGCUGGGUUUCUACCACAUCCUUGCAGCCCCUCUUCUGCUGUCCCUUCAUCUGUUGCUUCGGAAUAUGUCAACAUGGAGCUAGGAGCCUCUCCUUCACCAUCAUCCUUCUCCCUCACAACCCUUGAUUUCCCUUCUUUUCCCACUCCUCCAACCCCACCUACAUCAGCACCCAAAGCUUGGGAUGAACAGAGAUUAACACCACAAAAUGAAGAAGAGGCUGAAGUAGAAAUGGCGCAUAGUGGGCAUCAGCAUCUGUCAGCCCCUGAGUCACUUGACUCUCCUGUACCAUGUACAGACUACACAGAAAUGGUCUUUGGAUUGAGCUCAGACACAAAUACCAACUCCACAACACCUAAAGAAUCACUGCUAGACAGACAAGAAUCCAUUGUUCCCACACUAAGCCUUGGGCUUAAUUUAGAUUUUCCAAUUCCCAAAGCUCCAAAUCCAGAUCAUGGUGCUAAGGUAAUAAGGGCAGACCCUCAAGCCCGGCGGCGCCACUGCUCUGAAACCUUCCUAGCCCCUUCUUCAUUGUCCUCCUGCUCCGUAAGUUCCUCCACUUCUAUGUGCAUGAUCAGUGACCACACCCAUAACGUAGCACGCCGGCUUGGUUUAGAUGGCAUUUUGAGUGGCAGUGGAAACUUGCUAGAAAUCCCAAAUCACCAUGCCAACCAUGGAAUAACUAACAUAAACACUACCCAAACCUCAUCUACAGAGCAAGGGCUCAACUACAUAGAUCUAGACUUGGCUACAAGAGACAGCUCACAUCUUGUUGUUGAUGUUCAGACUGCUGGCCAAACAGCAGCACGGCUCUUUUCAUCUGUUUUGGGUAGUGGAGCAUCUGGAGGUGCUGGAGGAACAGGAGGUCUGAGUAGCAAUGCUUCAAAUCUCAACACAUAUGCUAGCAUUGACUUCUACAAGUCAGAGGAGCUACGUUCACACCAAGGCAGCAACAGCAGCAAAGACAGUACAGAAUGUUGAAGUAAUGCCCUGGUCCUCUGGAAUACCGAGCAAUGAAGUCUGAAAGUGUUCCUGCACAUACAAUGUGUGACAGUCUGACUGUUAAAAAUCAAACGGAGAGGUGUUUGUGUGUGUGUGUGUUUGUUUGUGCACAAGGUCCAGCCGCCUAUUUGGCACUUUGGGAAAAGACUGAUAAACAAUUUUGUCUCUGUUUUUAGUUUAACAUGUUGCAGCAUCCAGUAAGAGUGAAUGCCAAAAGAACUCUCCAUGCUGCCCAGAUCGGUUUUGUAACAAAUAAAAACCGCAGCCAAUCAGCAGACAGCAUGAAAAACGCCUGCCGAGCGAGAGCCAAUGAGGUCCGGCAGUCAGGCGCGUGAACAGUUUGCCAAAAGGAUUCAGUCAAACAAUGGAGGAACUUGAGGAUCACAAAUCUUGAAUUAUGAAUAGCUUGAAAAAAAAAGAAAAAGUGCCUAUUGUUUUGAUUGUCGUUAUUUGAAAGAAGCCUUGCAGCUUGAUUAUGACUGAAGAACUGCUGGGAAGGCUAAAUCACCGGGAAAAAGAUGUGUGAAUUGUUCAGAUGAUGGUGAUGCUCUAAGAGUCUGUGCUGUGAUGUUUAGUUAAUUAGUAUAGCAGCUUUACUAUAAGUCUCACUACUCGGAACUGUCUCACUACUGACUGUCUCUCGAUUCCUUCUCCUUCUCUCACAGUUUCCUGAUUCUUCUCUAUUUUUGCUUCAUUCUUUGACAUAGUUUCAAUUUUUUUUUUCAGCGUCUCUUUCGAUCUCUUGUCUUUUUAUGUGAUUUAAAUGUCCCAACUAUGCAGUAGUACUGUAGUGCCUAUCUGUAAUUCUGCACCUCUCUCUCUCACGUUCUCCUUCAGCCUGUGCUCCUACGGUAGCAUGUAUCCCAGUGUGCUAUUUUUAUCUGCUCUCUUAAGAUGGGGUGUUUCUCCGUGAUGGUACCUGCUGUUACUUACCUCAUGCCAAACACGCUAGCUGAUACAGUCUAUGGUGGACUGUAAAAAAUUAUGUUUCAAAUAGGAAUGUGAAAGACAUUAUCGAGUUCUGUGGAUGUCUCCCCUUUUUCACUGAAUUCAGAUCUUCGCUGGUUUUCUUACUAUUUUUAAUUUAAUAUAAGGAUCAGAGGCUUGCCGUCAGUGUAAAAAGGUAAAAUCCAUGUGUAGCAAUGAAAUACCAGCCUCCAUAUUGGUUGAUAUGAUCAAAGGCAAAAAAGGUGCCAAAGUUAGUGUAUUCAAGAAACUCUGCUUAUAGUUCUCUAAUGUCAUGAUUAAUUUUGUAAUGCUUUUCUAUUUUCAUUCUCUGGCAUUAUUCUCGCUUCUUCAGCUUCUAAUGACGGUUGACUGGUUUCUGAAGAUCAUUUUCAGUUUCACAAUAUUUAUGUGUAGGGGGAAGGCUGUUGUUGCACAAUGACCUGCCUCGAAAAAGACUUUUUAAAGGUGUAGCUGGAUUCUGAUCCUCAUCACAAGCCGAAUACGCCUAAAAUGCCUAAUAAACCAUGCUGAUGUGCAGAUAUAAUACACAGAAGGAUGCUGUUUUCUAAAAUCUAUUCCAGCGUAUUUCCAUAUUCCUGCCUGUUCUUUGAGACGUCUUACAGAGACAAACUGUGAAUGCCAAAACGUUAGAGAUGUCCUGGCCUGAUAGUGAGUAGCAACACAGAAACCUUUUUGUAGCCAAGGACCCUUUUAACUGUAAAAUAAAUAAAGAAAAUAACAGACUCCCUCAGCACCAGUUUAUUUUUAUGAACUAUUUAAAAUACAAGACUCAUUUAAAUGUGUACAAUACUCUGGCUAUUUUUUGCAGAGCUUUUUCUUAUUCUUGAACGUUCCAACAAAACACAUUAGGUCCAAGUUUACAUUAUUUAUAGGGUAAUGUGAUUUUUAGUAAGGGUUGAUUUAAACUUGUUUAAUUCAGUUCACCGGUCAAAUAGACUAAUGUGUCCCUGGUGGUCCAGCAGCAGGAUCCCGUUCUCUCACCACUAUGGCCCAGGUUUGAUUCCUGGGCAGGGAACCAACCCAGCCACUGAGGGGUUAACUCUCAGUGCCGGUCCCAAGUCUGGAUAAAGGAGGGUUGCGUCAGGAAGGGCAUCUGGUGUAAAACCUGUGCCAAAAUCAAAUACGCGGAUCGGAUGAUGGCGCCCUGAACAGAGAGCAGCCGAAGGACAAUGGCAACAAUUCAUUCACUCAGUAAUAAAUAUAACUGGUGGAUUGCGAUUUCUACCACUGUAACAACUCACUCUCAGCUUUAUGGUACCGCUGAUGUUUCUCAUAACUGGACAAAGUGAAGCAAGAGGCCUGGAUAUUAAACAGGUAGCAAUAUCAGAUGUUUUAAAUAUAUUGUUUGGUUUAUGGAAACCAACAGCUUUUAUAAUCAGUGGUAUUUGUAUAGCAAAUUUAAACAUUGUGAAUGGGGCAUCAAAAUUUUUUUGGAUAAAAAUAAGUCUUUCAGUGAGGCCAGGUAUGGGACAACAAACAUCCCCUCUCUCUCUCUCUCUCUCUCUCUCUCUCUCUUUCUGUUUCUGCAGCAAAAUCACAAGAGGAUAUACAUUAUUGUUUAUUUAGAGUGAUGAUGGUUUUGCUACAUCCUAGUGUAAAAUAUCUUUUUUGUAUUUCUGGAGCAUUCCCACAGUUUGUUUUGCUGCUGGUUCUUCUAGUUUUGGUGGGUUUUGGGGGUUAGAACUUAACGCCAGGGUUAAUGUUGAUCUCUUGCGCUAGUAUGAGUGAGUUAGAGUCACUCGUAUCAUAUUGCAGUGUGAAUACUGCCUGUUUGUGUUCUUGAUUCUCUGUUCAAGAAAUUAUUAAAAAAAAAAAAGAAAAAAGGUGUAUAUCAUGGAAGUGUUGAGAUUGGGGAUUUAUUGUGCUCUACACACUGCCAGUUUGAAACCACCCUUUAAAGUAUGACGUAAGUGAAAAUAUCUUGGAUGUUAGCAAAUGUUUCUGCUAUCCCUUAUCCUUACUGAGAUUGCAAUAAACCUAAUAUAGGAUUAAUCAGCCUAUUUCUAUGCAUAAUUUACUAUUUGAUUCAACUGUGUUCUAACGGUACUUAACGGAAAAAUAGUAAAAUAUGCCUAGAAAUAGGCUUAAUAAUGUUAUAGUAAUCUAGUAUUAUAAGAAAAAGUAGAUCAUUUAGUAUAAAACAUGCAGAGCAAAUGAAGGAGGGGCAAGCUUAAAAACACAAAGAUACACCCGAAUUGAAAAUGUCAUUUUAAAGACGAAGUCUAUAAUAAUAAGAAACGUGUUUUCUACAACAAAUGAUUUGGUGAAGCUUGCUAAAUUAUAAAGCAACAUUAGCUUCAGGCUAAACUGAUGGAAAUACCGCAUUCAACUGCUCUAACAGGACAUUACCUGUAACUAUGAAGAGAGAAAUAGUUUUUUAAUAAAUAGAUAAAUAAAUUAAUUAAAAAACAGUCCUGCUGUCGUAUAAGAGAAAUACAUUAUUUGGGGUUAUACUCACAUAUUAAUCACACAGAUCAUACAGUUUGUAUUACAAUUGCCUACUUUUUUCUAUUAUUAGAGAAAAUAAAGGUGCUCUAUUUGUAUAGACAAAGCAGAAGCUGUUGUUUGUCAAAGAUCUUUGCCAAUGCUGUGUGACUGGUUUGCCCGUAGCUAAAUAUUCUGAUUUAUUUACCAUAUCACCCACCCGUCGCUGGGAUAGAACUGAACUGAAAUUAGCAAGCAAGGUAAAAAAACAAACAAACAAAACUGACAGCUACAUUUAUAGAAACACCAGCAUAGGACUGCCAGGGCAUGGUGUAGAGUGCUUAUACUGUAGAUUGUAUACUAUGUAUCUCCUGUUUGUGCUUCCGGGAGCAGGCAGAAAAUAUAACCUAAGCUGCUAGAGUUUUAAAAGAGAAAUGCAGUGGGAUUCUAAUUUAAAAUGUCUAUCUUUUAUCACAUGUUCUGUCUUCUACCUACUGCCCUAUUUCAUUUUCUCUCUGUAUAAAAAUGA